UAUUCAUAGAGACUUUUUAAGAAAACCAAUCAGGGAGCAAAUCACAUGGGCUACGCACUAUCUUGAACCUGAAAAGGAAGAUGAAAAGAGCUUAGUAAAAAAAGCUGACGAUCUGACUGACAGAAUAACACAAAACUUUUGUGAUUAUAUGAAACAACUAGGAGGUGAUCAGCAGUCACAACUUUUUACGCCGAAAGCUAUAAAGGAACUGUUUCAGGUUGAGUUCGACACCCACGUGGCCCGCAGUCUUCAAGUUGUUCCGAAAGAAAUGCCCACAGUUGAAGAACGAAUCGCAAAUGUUACUGAAAAUCCAGAGAAAUCUAAAUUCGCUGCUCUCGAUCGUGAGAUAUCGAAAGACAUAAAAGCGGAACGUCGAGCUGAUCAUCUGCGUGCGUUUAAUCGAAGUCUUCCAAAUAAUAAGCAAUGGCGUGCUCCUCGUAACGAAACAAGAGACAUGUGGCGAUCAGCACGCCAUGUACCGAAGGACCUUGUUACUUUGAAAACAGUUUGGGAGGGCAUUACUAACCUUAGAAGUGUCAAAGAAUACUGCCGGUGGAUGAUAGAACACCCCGAGUAUCGUAGAGCACCUUACCUGAGAAGUCUCGGUAUGUUCGAUACCGCGGUUCUUGACGCGAGGUUGACCUUCGAACUUCAACAGCAAAAUAUGUCGCCGCCUCUCACGUCUCCGACAGACAUUCCUGCACCCAUCGACCAUAUCCGCAAACGGCUGUCUGAACUAGCUGAAACCAAUGAUGACGGAUAGCUGAAACGCAAGAACUU